CAGAUUUCCCCGCCUUCCAGCUACACGCUUUUGGACGCGGAGAGGAAGAAAAUAAUCGCGGGUCUGAACAGAUUCUGUGUUUAUUCUGUUUAUCUGUAUAUUUAUAUUUAUAUUUAGUGAGUUUGUGCAGCAGCAUGGCCACGCUGCUCUCUCCUGUGGUGGAUUAUUAUAAUGAUGAAGAGGAGCUGGACAGUAUGGAUGAGGAGGAAGAUCGGAGUUUCAGAGGGAGAGACUCGGAGGAAGACACUGAAGACGCCAGUGAAACAGAUUUGGCGAAACACGAUGAAGACGAUUAUGUGGAAAUUAAGGAACAGAUGUAUCAAGACAAACUGGCCUCAUUGAAACGUCAGCUGCAGCAACUACAGGAAGGAACUCUACAGGAGUAUCAGAAGAGGAUGAAGAAGCUGGAUCAGCAGUAUAAGGAGAGACUCCGGAACGCAGAUCUGUUCCUGCAGCUUGAGACGGAGCAGGUGGAGAGGAACUAUAUUAAGGAGAAGAAGGCGGCGGUGAAGGAGUUUGAUGAUAAGAAGGUGGAGCUGAAGGAGAAUCUAAUCGCUGAAUUGGAGGAGAAGAAGAAGAUGAUCGAGAACGAGAAACUAACCAUGGAGCUGACCGGAGAUUCGAUGGAGGUGAAGCCGAUUAUGACCCGGAAGCUGCGGAGGAGACCCAACGAUCCCGUCCCCAUUCCAGACAAACGCAGGAAACCUGCUCCUGCUCAGCUAAACUAUUUACUCACAGACGAGCAGAUCAUGGAGGAUCUGAGAACACUAAACAAGUUAAAGUCACCGAAGAGGCCGGCGUCACCGUCGUCUCCGGAGCAUCUCCCCGCGGCGCCGAUGGAGAGCCCGUCUCAGCGCUACGAGGCUCGAAUAGAGGAGGGGAAGCUCUACUACGAUAAGAGAUGGUACCACAAGAGCCAGGCCAUCUAUCUGGAGUCCAAAGACAACAGCAAGAUCAGCUGCGUCAUCAGUUCUGUAGGAACCAGCGAGAUCUGGGUGAGGAAGACGAGCGACAGCACGAAGAUGAGGAUCUAUUUGGGUCAGUUACAGCGAGGAGCCUUCAUCAUCAGACGCAGAUCAGCUGUGUAGAUGAUCCAAGACGUUCUGCCUCAUCCUCCUCUUCCUCCUCACCUUCUUCAUCCUCCUAAUAUUGACUUAUUCCACCUUUUUUCUCUCUUUCUCUCUCUUUGUUCUUCUACGACUUCUCUCGCUCUUUCUCUUGGUCUCUCACUUUCUCAGCUCGGGAUUUAUAUGAACAGAACUUCGGACUUUGAUUCUUUUUGAUGAACAUCUUUAAAGAUGUAUUUUUUUAUUUCGACUCAUUUUUAACGUUCUGUGGUUGAUAAAUGCACUUAACACGUCAAACUCCUUAUUUCUCAAUAUCUCUAUAGAUAUCUUUAUAUACGUAAUACAGCACAGAAAUGCAAGAUUAGACAUUUCCCUAAUUUUUUAGAGUCUUUUCUUUUGAUCGUAUCUGAUUACGUACGUGACUUACGUCCAGAGUUACGAAGCUUUGAGUAAAGGUUUGAACACCUGAUUAUUUGCUUAAUUGGAAACAAGGUUUAUAUGUUUUGUUAUAUUGUAUUCUGUAGAUUUAGUACGUUUAGUUUCGGUUUCACUCUGCAGUUUAGUGACUCAUCUUCACCUAUGUGGGCGGAGUCUCUCUAUACUCUACACUGAUUGGUUUGUAGAAUAAUGUCAGUUUUGCGAAUUGUCUUUCCAGGUGUUGUGCUGAAUUCUUAUCUCUGCCAGAAUGCGUCUCCUUCCUAUCAAGAUUCCUUUUUGUUAUUAGUGUUUAUAAUAAAUAAGGGUUAUUCUACAGCUACAGUAGAUACAGAAUCACCAGCACCAUAAUCUAUUAUACACAUAUUAUCACACUUACCAAUCCACCAAUCACAGACGAGAGACAGAUAAAGGACACGUGCAAAUCCACGUGUUCGAUACAUUGAGAUACGGACUACGAGUUUUAUUUUUACUGUAUUGUUAUGAAGAUGUUUAUAGAAACGUUGAAUUUGACGGUGCGUUCGUCGACCUCAGAGUGUUGAGAUCAGGUUUAGGUUCUGUUGCUGGUGGGAGGAGUUAUCUGUGAGCUCUGAGGGGCGUGUCAAAGUGAGAAAUCUACAUUUCACUCGUAUUCACAUUAAGUUGGUAUUAAUUUCUCUUGUACAGUUUUGUGUAAGACUUUUUUGUACAUUAUCUCUCCUGAUUAAACUGAGUCUGAAAGCAAACUCGUGUGGAUCCAC